CAGUUGACCAGUUGCUUCAGUUGUUUUGUGUGAUUUAAAUUUCUAAGAUUUAUUUUCUAUCUGUUACUCAUGUGAAAACAUUCAAUUUAUUUGUGAUCUGCUUAUAUUUUACACAUAAACUUCUAACGAAAUAUCAUAAUGCCGAAAUCCAAUCUACAAACGUUCAGCACAGCAUUUUGGAAAGAUUACAAAGAGAAAAGGUUCUACCAGAUAAUCGAAAAUAUUCCGAAACUCAUGGAGUUCGAAUGUGGGCCGGGCAAUGUAGACAUGUACCAGAAAUUGUGCUCGUUUUCCUUGAUUGUAUUGGUAGAUAAAGCGAACGAUAAGACAGUCGCCGCUGAAACUCAUAUGACAACAAUCUGUAAUAAGUACCAAACUGUGAUUGCGAGCACCAAGUACCCGAUCACGGCCUUACAAUACUUCAUUUGUCUGGAAUAUUUGUGUGAUUUGAAUGACAUUCCAAAGAAGUUGCUCAGUCAAUUGGUUGAAAACCUAGCCGCUGCAGUGUUAAACAAAAUUACAACAUGGGAACAUUCAUGGACGGAUCCAGAUCGGACCACAUUGAACCGAUUUAUCAUCGUUCUGGUUGAACUAGAAUCGAAGCUGCCGUCUCCAACAUUUACAUUGGCUGAGGAAGCGAUCAAAUUUUUUUCGACCAUAACGACUGACCAACGGAAAACUGCCUAUACUGAGUAUUUGCUGACCACUUUAAAGUUGCUCAAGUCAUAUCGUGACGAGAAUGUGGACAGUUUUGGCGAAUUGGUGAAGAUUAGGUCUCAAUCCACGAACGAAAAGUACAUAAAAGACGGUGCCAUCAUGAUGUCCCAAAUUAUUCGUGCCAGCACAUCGCUGAUAUCGAAAGGAUCCCUUGCUUUCAAGCAAAAAAUUGUGACUAUUCUCAAUGGUCUGUACGAAAUCAUCAGAAAUAAGAGCCUUUCGGCGUGCCAAUACAUAUUUCGCAAAGCCUUCAAGGCAGACUGCUGCGAUAGACCUAUCACGCAUGCCGGCCUGCAAAUUCUGGAAACUGUACGAACAAUAGUUGUCGAAGCGAUAAGAGGCAACAAUUUUAAUGAAAUACUAGUUAGCGCGAUGUCUAAUUUCGCGAUGGCUGAAGAGGAAAUCAUUUCGAAUUUUGAUUGUGCAGCUCGUAAAAAUUUGAAUUGGAGCCUUCGGGAAACGUUUCGUUUUAUUUUAGACAAUAUUGACAAAAUUGUGACCACCUGUGGGCUAGAUAGAGCAAAACGUACGUUGCAGAAAUGUCUAACCAUGAAUUCACUCGAAGGGUUGAACUGUGUCCGCACUGUCGAUGCCUUGUCAAAUAUAUGCAAGGAUUCCGACAACAUAGCCGAAAAAAUCAGCUGGGCUGCGUUCGGUUUUAUGUUCUGUACCGAUCGAAAAAAUAAAAUUUUUUACCUGUGCAAGUUGCAUGAACUUCAGUCGAAACUAAAUGAUCCGAAGCAGUUUGCGACAAUAACAUCGUUAGUGAAAGACUUACCGAAGAAAAAGAAUUCGGUGGACAUAGAUCCCAUUCAGCUGCAACUGUUUCAAAUAUCCGUCGAGAUCGAUUAUCCACGAUUGUCGGAAAUGUGUCUAAAAAAGCUGGGCGAUGAUAUGUGUGAAAUGGACUUCUACAAAAAUGGUCACAGUUUCAACGCAAAUCUGUGCAAAAGUGGGGUUUGUUACGUGCUGUUCUUAGCGCAUAUGCAACAGUACAAAUCGAAUGUGAAGUUCGAACGAAUGGAUGAUCCGUUGAACGAGAAAUUUGUGCUGUUGAAGAAAGAAGUCGAAAUCGUCGGAAAGCUGAAAGAAGCGCUUGACUAUUUGGCCGAAUUUAUACGCGAUGAGGACGCUUGGUUGGGUAAGAAGGACAGUGCUGACUAUAUUCUCUUGGCUGAGAAAUUUCUGUUAGUAAUUGCUGAAACUUUGAUAAAUCGUCACUACAAAGAGCAGGCUGUCGCUGCAUUCGAACUAUUCUACAAAUUCACUAAACUCAUCGAUCAUCGAGUCAAUCAAAUAAUAGCUGCUGGGUACCUUGUCGAAAACAUUCAUUUAACUUCAACGGUAUCCGAAAAGGAAAUCGUAACAGAGUUACAGAGUAAUAUAAUGCAGAAGUUGAAAGAUGUAAAUACCAUGUCUGAGGAUGAGCUGGGUAGUUUCUUGUUCGGUUUUCUGCAAUUGACCAUGUACACCUUGCGUCACCAGUGUAACAUCGAACAUACCAAGAAGUACAUGCAGUCCAUAAACAAAUUAUUGGACAAAUACGACGGUACGAAAGCGAAAUAUUUACCCGCACGACUGAAAUACGCCGAGGUGAUGUUCGAACUGAUUGUGAAGAAUCCCGAUACAACCAUUACACCGGUCACAUUUAUCGAAGACAUUUUCCAUCGGUUUAAACAAAUUCGUAUGGUUUCGAGGUCAGACUAUCGCACAAUUCCAGGCAUCAUAUUAGAUUUGCUGAUUACAUUGCACGAAUUUACUCAACCUCGUUACGAACUGUGCUACACAUCAUCUCUGAAUAUGACCGUACAUUCUGUAGCGAUUCAAAAAGGCUACUUGUUCUUACUCGCAAAGGUUACGAUAGUGCAGAGCGGUGAAAUGUUACUGAUAAACGGAAAGUAUUUGAAGACUCUCAUGAAUCAACUGGAUGUACUGUUCGAUUGUCCACGCCCAGCUUUGCCGGGCCCGGAAACAGAAGAUGAAACGGUAGUCAUUCCAAGUGAAAAAGAAGAUAAAAUGUUACAGAUUACGUGGAACAAAGACAUAUCGCCGUUAAUCCAUCCUAUCAAAUGCAAAUGCUUCCAAUGUACGAACAAAUUGAUGAACACUCUCAUGAUGGACGUCGCUACGCUAAAGACGUUGGCCGUUUACUUCAACAAAGAAUACGAAAAUAGCCUCGCAUUAUUCAAACGAAUUUACAAUCAUUGGACGGCCUUAAACACAUUGUCCUACUCCGGUAUGUUGAUGCAUUACAGCGAUUGCCUGGUUUCCAAUCACCGCGAGGACAAGUCCAAUGCUAUCUUAAACGAAGCGCUCGAUGUGUGCAAUGAUUAUGCUCAGGCGCAAGACAUAAGUGUUCGAUUGCUGCUGAACACAACGCAGGACGAAUUGAAAAUUGAGCCGAUAAAAUCGUAUGCCGAUGAAGUGCGACCGAAAGUCGUUCGACCCAAAAAGAAAGUCAACAGUAAACCAAGUUUACCGGUCGCUGCCACUGCAAUAAAAGAACGAAUAACUUAUCCAAAGCGAUCGAAUUUACGCAAUUAGUGAAAAUUGAAAAUUAAUUUAUUUUGCUGAGACUGUUUGUAAAAGGCUGUUAAAAACUCAAGAAUAUAAGGAAAUUGAAUC